GUGACAGUCGUGCAGACAAGUGAUAAUGUAGACCAAGGAUCGUGUAAGCGUUCAGCAUGGGCAAGUUUGUGGGACGAUACUUCUUUUCUGGGUACAAGUGUCACAUUUGGGUUUGGUGUCUUCUACACAUAAUCUCAUCCGAAGCUGUGACGAACUAUUUUGGAGUUAAAACACUGAGUCUGGAUGGAAAAUGGAUGUUGAUGAACUCAAACGGCUCUCUGGUACUUAAUGCUGAGGUUCCAGGAUGUGUCCACACUGCUCUGCAAAAACAAAACGUCAUUCAGGAUCCGUAUUUUCGUUUUAAUGACCUGGCAUACAGAUGGAUCUCAUUGGACAACUGGACCUACAGCACCAUAUUCUCUGUGCCUACUCAAGUCAGGGAGAGUAAAAGAGUGGUGCUGGUUUUUGACGGGGUGGACACUGUCUCUACCAUCACCCUCAAUGGAGUCACCGCGGGCAAAACAGACAACAUGUUCCGCAGAUAUGAUUUUGAUGUGGGCAGGUUGUUGAAAGAUGGAGAAAACGUUCUAGAGGUGUGGCUUAUGUCAGCUGUGAUGUAUGCAUCGCAGAGGAACCAAGCUCACUCUGCAUAUAAAGUGCCACCAGCCUGUCCCCCAGCUGUGCAGAAGGGCGAAUGUCACGUCAACUUCAUCAGAAAGGCUCAGAGUUCCUUCAGCUGGGACUGGGGCCCUUCUUUCCCUACUCUGGGUAUCUGGAAGGGAGUUUAUCUGGAGGCCUUUAAUACUACAAGACUGCUGAGUAGCAGUGCUAACCCAACCUAUGACUCUGUGUUCUCCGUCUGGAAUGUAGAGGUGGAAUUGUUCUUUGAUGUAACCGUGGCGACAGAGGGCAGUGUCACCUUGUCACUGCCCGAAGCACAAUCAAAGGGAGAAUUUCCAGUGACGCUCUCGCCUGGACAGAACAGGAAGUCCUUUCUUCUCCCAGUCAACUCGAGUGUUAGUGUUGAUCUGUGGUGGCCUAAUGGUCAAGGCAAACAACCUCGCUAUCGCCUGCUAAUAGACAUUAACCUCAAGGGUACUGAGAAAUUCCACAUUGAGAGACUGGUUUCGUUCCGCACGGUGGAGUUGGUUCAGGAGCCCAUCCCCUCUUCUCCCGGCCUCAGCUUCUACUUCCGCGUUAACGGCCGACCAGUCUUUUUCAAGGGCUCGAACUGGAUCCCCGGCCAUGCAUUCCAGGACCGGAUUACUCCUGAUAUGUUGAGGAAUUUGCUCCAGUCUGCAGUGGAUGCAAACAUGAAUGCUCUGAGAGUGUGGGGAGGAGGAGUCUAUGAGCGCAAGCUCUUCUAUGAUCUGUGUGAUAACCUGGGCAUUAUGGUUUGGCAAGACUUCAUGUUUGCAUGUGCUCUGUACCCUACUGAGCAAGACUUUGUUGAAACAGUGAGAGAGGAAGUUAUUCAACAGGUUAGACGCCUGAAGUCCCACCCCUCGGUGGUCAUCUGGAGUGGGAACAAUGAGAACGAGGCUGCCAUAGCAACCGACUGGUUCAGCAUUCCUGUCGCUGAGCGGCCACGCUACGUGAAGGACUAUGUGCAUCUGUAUGUGGAGAACAUCAGAACCACUGUGCUUCAGGAGGACAGCUCUCGGCCGUUUCUGGUGUCCAGUCCUACCAAUGGGCUCGAGUCGGAGAGAGAGGGGUGGGUUGCCCAAAACCCCUAUGACCCUCACUAUGGUGACACCCACUUUUACAGUUACACCAAUGACUGCUGGGAUUGGAGGGGUUUUCCACGCACACGAUUCGCCUCCGAGUACGGCUUCCAGUCAUGGCCCUCGUUCUCCACACUCAGCAAGGUGUCAGCCGAAGAGGACUGGGACUACGGCAGUAACUUCUCAGGCCAUCGUCAACACCACGAGGAUGGAAAUCAGCAGAUGCUUAAACAAGCAGAGCUACAUUACGUUCUUCCCAACAAUACAAACCGACUGCAGAGAUACAGAGACACACUCUACAUCACACAGGUGAUGCAGGCACAGUGUAUUAAGACACAAACAGAGUUCUACCGCCGUAGCCGCAGUGACAUCGUUGAAGGGAAAGGUCACACCAUGGGAGCACUCUACUGGCAGCUCAAUGACAUCUGGCAGGGACCAUCCUGGUCCUCUAUCGAGUUUGGUGGUAAAUGGAAGAUGCUGCAGUACUGGGCUGUAGACUUCUUUGCCCCAGUGUCACCAGUGGGUUUUGAAGAUAACGGAGAUUUACUUAUCUACGCUGUGUCUGACCUCAACACUGACCUCACUCUCACCGUCACAGUGACGGUGUAUCGCUGGAACAGUCUGGUGCCCUCAUGUUCUCUGGUGUCUGGUGCUUCUGCGGUGAGGGCUGGCUCUGCCACGGUGAUGCUGAGGAGAUCUGUCUCUGACUUGCUGGUGGGUUGUGGGAACUGCACCCGUCGUUCGUGUUUCUUAACCUUUUAUCUCAGUGACUCUGUUGGACAGAGAGGGCCCGUUAGCCACCUCUUCCUGAGCUCCCCGAGAGACGCCCAGGAGCUACAGAAACCCAAUAUCACGUUCUCUGUGCAAGCUGACGGGGAUAGUUUCACAGUGACUCUACGCUCCUCCGUUCCGGCGUUAUUUGUAUGGCUGGAUGCGGAUGACAUCGCCGGGCGAUUUGACUCUAACGGCUUCUUGCUGUUGAGUGAGAAGCAUGUGGUGCGUUUCUACCCUUGGAGUCCCACCAGUGUUAAGGAACUCACUGCAAACCUACACAUUACAACACUCAGAGAUGUUUACUGACUUUCUCUGUUUGUGUGUGUGUGUGUGUGUUUGAUAAUUUUGUACUCUGG